GCGGCCUCAACAAAAUGAAAUAAUUCGAAAGUAACAUACUUCGAUUCUCAGUUGUUGGAGGCUGAUAUCAAGGCCAUUCGCAUGCUUCCCUGAUACCUUCAAGUUUGCCCAGGGCUCAAGGAGCUGUCAGAGCUAUCUUUCAACGAUGUUGAUUCAGAUUCCCCGGCUAACAAACUCUCUCAGAGGCCCGUUUGAUGUUGAUCGGGCGUAUCUUCACCGCAAGCAUAUACUCCAAAAUCGAGAGUCUCACAAUUCUGCUAACUCGAUUGACGACUCUGUGCUGGCACGGAAGAUCGUUUAUAAAUGGGAACAAGCUUCAUCAGAAGUGCGACAUGCAUACAGACAGUUUAUAGGAGCGGUAGUGGAGUUGAUUGAUGGAGAAACGUCCUCUGAAGAGUUCCACGAGGUGGUACUGACUCUUUACCAUCUCUUCUGCAGUCAGAUGGAGGAGGAUGAUAUUGAUAGAAUAAUAUCCGAUAAGAAGUUAGAAUUGAGAAAACUCCUUGGUCAUACAGUUGCUGAUGCCAACUUGAGGCAAGUUGCAUCUCUAGCACAGACACUACUCAGAGUGCAGCCUAGCGAUAAUAUAGAAAGAAAUCUUGAUGCCAGUGAGAAUUUAGAAUUUGGAGCUGAUUUUAAUUUUGUAGCACCAGCUCGUUUCUUAAUUGAUGUGACUUUAGACAUUGAGGAUAUGAUGGAUUACAAAGGCACUGCUCCUCUAGCUGUUCAAGAAGGACAUUAUGGUCAUAUUGGACCAAUAGAUCAUUCUGUUGUGGAUGGCGCAAAGUUUAACUUGAGUUGGUUAAGAGAUGCAUGUGAUAAGAUAGUUAGGAAUAGUGUGUUGCGGCUAUCUCAAGAUGAACUGGCAAUGACCAUUUGCAGGGUGCUUGACUCAGAAAAGCCUGGAGAAGAGAUAGCAGGAGAUUUGUUGGAUCUUGUUGGUGAUAGUUCAUUUGAAAUGGUGCAAGACCUUAUAUUGCAUCGAAAGGAGAUUGUAGAUGCCAUCCAUCAUGGCUUAUCAGUGCUGAAGUCUGACAAAAAUGCUUCAAAUGCUCAGUUGCGAAUGCCUAGUUAUGGGACUCAGGUAACUGUUCAAACAGAGUCAGAAAGGCAAAUUGACAAACUCCGACGCAAGGAGGAAAAGCGAAAUAGACGUGGAAUAGAUCAUGCUGGUGAUGGUGACUUGUCUGCAGCAGACUUUUCUUCUUUACUUCAAGCAAGUGAGAGGAAAAAUUUAAUUGAUGACACGAUUGGUUCUAGUGAUAAGAAUCAGUCAAUAGCUGUCACUGCUCUUCCUCAAGGAACUGUUAGGAAGCAUUUUAAGGGGUAUGAGGAGGUCAUUAUUCCCCCUAGACCAACUGCACCAAUGAAACCUGGAGAAAAGCUGAUUGAGAUCAGGGAAUUGGAUGACUUUGCUCAAGCUGCUUUCCAUGGCUACACAUCACUAAAUCGUAUUCAAAGCAGGAUAUUUCAAGCUGUUUAUGGCACAAAUGAAAACAUACUAGUGUGUGCUCCUACAGGAGCUGGCAAAACUAAUAUAGCUAUGAUUUCAAUCCUACACGAGAUUGGGCAGCACUUCAGGGAUGGUUACUUGCACAAAGGCGAAUUUAAGAUUGUUUAUGUUGCCCCAAUGAAGGCUUUGGCUGCAGAAGUGACAACAACAUUCAGCAAACGAUUAGCUCCUUUGAAUAUGACCGUCAGAGAGCUUACUGGGGAUAUGCAACUAUCUAAAAGUGAACUUGAAGAAACUCAGAUGAUAGUGACAACACCAGAGAAAUGGGAUGUUAUUACUCGCAAGAGCAGUGAUAUGUCGCUCUCAAUGCUUGUGAAGCUUUUAAUAAUUGAUGAAGUGCAUUUACUUAAUGAUGAUAGAGGUCCUGUAAUAGAGGCUCUAGUUGCUAGGACUUUACGACAGGUUGAAUCAACUCAGACAAUGAUACGCAUUGUGGGUCUUUCUGCAACUCUUCCUAAUUACCUAGAGGUUGCACAAUUUUUGAGAGUGAAUCCCGAAACAGGACUUUUUUUCUUUGACUCUAGCUACCGCCCAGUUCCCCUUGCUCAACAAUAUAUUGGAAUUAGUGAGCAAAACUUUGCAGCACGUAUUGAACUGUUGAAUGAGAUAUGCUACAAGAAGGUUGUUGAUUCUAUUAGGCAAGGUCAUCAGGCAAUGGUAUUUGUCCAUUCACGGAAAGACACUGCAAAAACGGCUGAGAAACUGGUUGAGCUUGCACGUAAGAAUGAUGACCUGGAGCUCUUUAGGAAUAAUGAACACCCGCAAUAUUCCUUUAUUAAGAAAGAAGUUAUUAAAUCCAGAAACAAAGAUCUUGUUGAACUUUUUGAAUUUGGGAUGGGCAUUCAUCAUGCUGGGAUGUUACGUGCAGAUAGAGGGCUAACUGAGCGGCUUUUCUCUGAUGGACUUCUGAAAGUACUUGUUUGUACAGCAACUUUGGCAUGGGGUGUCAAUCUACCUGCUCACACAGUUGUCAUCAAGGGCACCCAAUUGUAUGAUCCCAAAGCAGGUGGGUGGCGGGAUUUGGGUAUGCUUGAUGUUAUGCAGAUAUUUGGUCGGGCUGGGAGGCCUCAGUUUGACAAAAGUGGUGAAGGUAUCAUUAUUACAUCUCAUGACAAGCUAGCAUAUUAUCUCCGCCUACUGACAAGUCAACUUCCUAUAGAAAGCCAGUUUGUUAGCUCCUUGAAAGAUAAUUUAAAUGCAGAGGUGGCAUUGGGUACUGUGACUAAUGUUAAGGAAGCUUGUGCUUGGCUUGGCUAUACAUAUCUUUUCAUAAGGAUGAGAAUGAAUCCUUUGGCAUAUGGUAUUGGAUGGGAUGAGGUUAUGGCAGAUCCUUCUUUGAGUACUAAGCAAAGAUCUUUUGUAAUUGAGGCUGCACGUGCACUUGAUAAAGCAAAAAUGAUGCGGUUUGAUGAGAAAAGUGGGAAUUUUUACUGUACUGAGCUUGGUCGCAUUGCAAGUCAUUUUUACAUUCAGUAUUCCAGUGUUGAAACAUACAAUGAAAUGCUGAGACGUCAUAUGAACGAUAGUGAGGUGAUAAACAUGGUUGCACACUCUUCCGAAUUUGAGAAUAUUGUUGUCCGAGAAGAAGAACAAAAUGAGCUAGAGAUGUUAGCACGAACAUCAUGCCCAUUAGACAUUAAGGGUGGUCCAUCCAAUAAACAUGGAAAGAUUUCUAUUCUGAUUCAGUUAUACAUAUCUCGAGGCUCUAUAGAUGCUUUUUCAUUGGUAUCUGAUGCUGCAUAUAUAAGUGCUAGUUUGGCUCGUAUAAUGAGGGCUUUGUUUGAGAUUUGUUUGCGGAGAGGAUGGUGUGAGAUGACCUUUUUUAUGUUGGAAUAUUGCAAAGCUGUGGAUCGUCAAAUUUGGCCGCAUCAACAUCCCCUUAGGCAAUUUGACAGGGACCUCUCUGCAGAAAUAUUGCGAAAGCUUGAAGAACGUGGGGCUGACUUGGAUCGCCUUUAUGAGAUGGAAGAAAAAGAAAUUGGGGCAUUAAUUCGAUAUGCGCCUGGAGGAAGGUUGAUCAAGCAAUACCUUGGAUAUUUUCCAUCGAUCCAGUUAUCAGCAACUGUGAGUCCUAUAACCAGGACUGUCUUGAAGAUUGAUUUGGUCAUAACUCCUGAUUUUAUUUGGAAAGAUCGUUUUCAUGGCGCUGCUGAACGAUGGUGGAUUCUUGUAGAGGACUCUGAGAAUGAUCACAUCUACCACUCAGAACUCUUCACAAUGACAAAGAGGAUGGCUAGGGGAGAACCACAUAAGCUUUCCUUCACUGUGCCAAUAUUUGAACCACAUCCACCACAAUACUACAUUCAUGCCAUUUCUGAUUCUUGGUUGGGUGCAGAGGCAUUCUACACUGUAUCUUUUCAUAAUCUAACACUACCUGAGGCUCGUACUGCUCAUACAGAACUCCUUGAUUUAAAACCUCUCCCAGUGACUUCUCUUCAAAACAGUGCUUAUGAGGCUUUAUAUAAAUUUUCACAUUUUAAUCCUAUACAAACACAGACAUUUCAUGCGUUGUAUCACACGGACAAUAAUGUUCUCUUAGGAGCUCCGACUGGAAGUGGAAAAACUAUAUCUGCAGAGCUUGCUAUGCUGCUGUUCAAUACUCAGCCUGAUAUGAAGGUUAUUUAUAUAGCACCUUUGAAGGCUAUUGUUAGGGAAAGAAUAAAUGAUUGGCAAAAACGUCUUGUAUCUCAGCUAGGGAAAAAGAUGGUUGAAAUGACUGGAGACUAUACACCAGAUUUGAUGGCCCUUUUGUCAGCAAAUAUUAUAAUAUCUACUCCUGAAAAGUGGGAUGGUAUUAGCCGUAAUUGGCAUAGUCGAAGCUAUGUCACAAAGGUUGGACUUAUGAUAUUGGAUGAAAUUCACUUAUUGGGAGCUGAUCGGGGGCCUAUCCUUGAGGUUAUUGUUUCUCGGAUGAGAUACAUAUCAUCUCAAACAGAGCGUGCUGUACGGUUUAUAGGUCUUUCUACCGCUCUAGCUAAUGCUGGUGAUUUGGCUGAUUGGUUGGGGGUUGAGGAUAUUGGACUUUUCAAUUUCAAGCCAAGUGUUAGGCCUGUACCUCUGGAAGUUCAUAUUCAGGGAUACCCUGGGAAGUAUUACUGCCCAAGAAUGAACAGUAUGAACAAACCAGCUUAUGCUGCAAUAUGCACCCAUUCACCAGCAAAGCCAGUUCUCAUAUUUGUCUCAUCACGACGACAGACAAGACUUACUGCAUUGGACUUAAUUCAGUUUGCUGCUUCAGAUGAACUUCCAAGACAGUUCCUCAAUAUGCCAGAAGAAGCACUACAAAUGGUUCUAUCUCAAGUUACUGAUCAGAACCUGAGGCAUACUUUACAAUUUGGCAUUGGUUUACAUCACGCAGGUCUGAAUGACAAAGACAGAUCACUGAUUGAGGAGCUAUUUGCAAACAACAAGAUUCAGGUAUUGGUUUGUACAAGCACCUUGGCUUGGGGUGUGAAUCUUCCAGCUCAUCUAGUGAUUAUCAAGGGGACAGAAUAUUAUGAUGGGAAGACAAAGAGGUAUGUUGAUUUUCCUAUAACUGAUAUAUUGCAAAUGAUGGGUCGUGCUGGACGUCCUCAAUUUGAUCAGCAUGGGAAAGCAGUCAUUCUUGUUCAUGAACCCAAGAAGAGUUUCUAUAAAAAGUUCUUGUAUGAGCCUUUUCCUGUUGAGAGCAGUCUGAGGGAGCAGUUGCAUGAUCACAUUAACGCAGAAAUUGUUUCUCAAACAAUCUGCCACAAACAAGAUGCAGUGCAUUAUCUUACAUGGACUUACUUAUUCCGUAGGCUUGUGGUCAAUCCUGCCUACUAUGGAUUGGAGAACGCAGAACCUGAAACUGUGAGUUCAUAUUUGUCUAGCCUAGUGCAGAACACAUUUGAGGAUCUGGAAGAUAGUGGAUGCAUCAAAAUGAAUGAAGAUGAGGUGGAGCCAAUGAUGCUUGGUUCGAUAGCAUCUCAGUAUUAUCUCAGCUACAUGACAGUAUCUAUGUUUGGGUCAAACAUUGGUCCUAAUACAUCACUUGAAGUGUUUUUGCAUAUUUUAUCUGCUGCCUCCGAAUUUGAUGAACUCCCUGUGCGCCAUAAUGAGGAAAAAUACAACGAAGCAUUAUCUGAGAAGGUUAAAUACCCAGUGGACAAAAAUCGUUUAGACGAUCCUCAUGUCAAAGCAAAUCUUUUAUUUCAGGGUCAUUUUUCGCAAUUGGAGUUACCAAUCAGUGACUAUAUUACAGACUUAAAAUCAGUGUUAGAUCAGAGUAUACGUAUAAUUCAGGCCAUGAUUGAUAUAUGUGCAAACAGCGGUUGGCUUUCAAGCUCAAUUACCUGCAUGCAUCUUCUGCAAAUGGUCAUGCAGGGUUUGUGGUUCGAUGAGGACUCUGCCUUGUGGAUGUUGCCAUCCAUGAACGCUGAUCUGAUAAGUUCACUAAGCAGAAAUGGAAUUUCUACUGUACAGCAACUUCUAGAUAUUCCUAAGGCCGCAUUGCAGACUGUAACUGGAAAUUUCCCGGCUUCAAAAUUAUAUCAGGAUCUGCAGCACUUCCCUCGUGUCAAAAUGAAAGUAAAGCUUCAGGGGAAGGACACUGACAGUGGAAGGUCCCACACUUUGAACAUCAGACUGGAGAAGACGAAUUCUAGACGACACUCUUCUAGAGCUUUUGUGCCUCGAUUCCCUAAGAUAAAAGAUGAACAAUGGUGGUUGGUUCUUGGUAACACCUCUACGUCUGAGCUAUAUGCUUUGAAAAGGGUUUCUUUUUCCGAUCACCUAGUCACCUCUAUGGAGUUACCGCAAACUCCAGCUGCUUUUCAGGGUAUGAAACUGAUUUUAGUCUCAGAUUGUUACGUUGGCUUUGAACAAGAACACUCGAUCCAAGCACUUCUGGGUGGUCAACAAAUAGAAGCAGGAUUUUAAGUAAUUUGACAGUCAUCGGUGAAUAUUAUAGAGUUGGCUUCCGUUAUCCUCCAAUCCUUCUUAGCUUCUCCACCUUUGGAUUUCAAUUCAAAAGGUUGAGAUUUAAUGUAUUAUUGUUAUAUUAAAUAUAUUUAUAAUAGUCAUAUUAAAUAAGAUUAUUAAAUUUAUUAGUUUAAAUUUAGUUGUUAUUUGCUCAAAAAAAUUAGUUGUUAUUUAAUAUAAUAACAUAAUAUAUUGAAUCUCAACCAUUGAAAUUGAGAUCCAAGGGUGAAGAAGUUAAGAUGAGGCUAGGAAGAGGGAAGCUAACUUCAAUAUUAUGGCAUGUAAGAUGUUCUUUUCAGAAGGAAAUUAUUAUAUAUUU